CCGACAGACAGACAGGAAGUGAGAACGCUGCUCUGGUAACCCCUCACCUAGAUCAUCCUCUCUGGGCUCUGACAUCGCUGUGUUCUGCCCAGCUGUCACCACCGGCAUUGGUCCACCAACCAGACACACGUAGGCGCGGAUCCGUCGACCAACCCCCUUUUCCCCCGGCAGACCGAGCACCGGCAGGACAAGCCGCGAAGCGACGACCCGCAGCCGCUCUCCACCGACAGCCGACUCUUCCGGGCGAGCACUUUGUGCUGAGUCCCUUUAUCCAUUGCGGCGGUAACAUGGCAGCUAUCGGACCAGGGGACGGGUCUGGAUCGGGGUUAGGUGGAGCAGGAGUCUGCACAUCAGGACAGCAGCCUCGACUCCUGCAAACACACAGCAGCAAUGGGUCUGACCAGCACCAGCCGCGGGUGUUCAGCGAGACGCCAUUCACGGAGACAGUGAAGCCGUCAGUCCACCUGCAGAGGGACGCCCGAUUUGGUGCUGAGAAAAUGGGCCACAGCUCAGCGUCCAUGACUGGGGAACUCCCCUUCAGUUUCCGAAGUCCAGAGUCUGUGGAGAUGGAUGAGAUCAUGGCUGCCAUGGUGCUCACCAGUCUGUCCUGUAACCCGGUCGUGCAGAGUCCUCCCCAGACGGACGUCGGACGAGCUGGCUCGUCGUCCUCCACAGAGAUGGAGUGCGGUGGCGGUGAGCUCUCUGACAGCGGCAGCAGCGGCUACUGGAGCUGGGAUCAUGGCAACGUAAGCCCCGCCCCCUCUCUGUCGGUGGCAGAGACGGACAGUAGUCCCGAUGAAGGUCUUCACAUGGAGCUGGAACAAAGUGAGGAGAUUCAUGCCAAAAAGCCAAAGAGCUCCUUCAAAGGUGUUUACAAGUGUCUGUGGCCCAGUUGCGGCAAGGUGCUCACGUCUUCCGUCGGAAUCAAACGACACAUCCGAGUGCUGCAUCUGGGCAGCGGGUCGGAUCAGUCCCAGCGAGAGGAGGACUUCUACUACACCAAAAUCUGCUGCGAGACGGUGGAGGCCAGCCCGGCGGCAGCUCCUCCCCAGCAGGCUCCAGGCCAAGCUCCUCAUCUUAGCUUUGCCCCGUGUGACUUGCCUCCCGCUACCGGGCUGCAGAUACCGCCAGCUCACAGGCCGCGGUCCAACUCCAGCUCUGGGCUUGGACCAAGCAGGCCCAGUGCACUCAGCCAGUCAGCACCCAGCAGCUUCUGGCAGAUUCAUACGGAACAUCUCUACCAGGCCUGCAGUCCCAUCCAGGUGCCGCUGGCCCCGAGGAGCCCCGGUUGUCAAGACUACACCGCUUCCACAUCAGUGUCUGGCCACAGUAGCAUCCCGAUGGCGAAGCCGCGCUGCCGGUCCGUCAGCGUGGGCGAGCAGUGGCUGCAACAGAACCGGCUACAGGCUGUGAGCGCGUCGCCUUCUCGCGCUCACUGCUCCUUCAGGAAGGGUCGCGGGGAGGCCAAAAAGUGCCGUAAGGUGUACGGAGUGGAGCGUAAGGAUCAGUGGUGCACCGCCUGCCGCUGGAAAAAGGCCUGCCAGCGUUUUCCAGACUGAAAGCUGCACAGUGAGUGAGACACCUGGAGAUGGAUGGAUGGAUGGAUGCGAGAGAAAAGAGACUUUUAUCGGAUAUACACAUAUAAUUCAGGGCCUGGGCGCCAAUCAAAUGUUUUUUAUUUUGUGAUCCUUUCCUAACGGAAUGAGUUUUUCCUGUAUGUUUGUACCCGACAGCUGAAGUCUGCCAUGGUGCUACCUGUUGACCGACUUUGACCAUGUGAUGUGCUACAAUACCUUCUUCUUAUUAUCCAAAGUUUAUAUUACCGCCCCUGUAACUCCUCUACGUGCUCACAUUACUGGCUUCAGCGCUCAGUUCCUAGUUUUCAGUGUAUAUGGAUGCCUUUUUUGUUCAUUAGGAAAACUGCCGAACACAGAGACUUGAAAUUUGUUCUCAUAAAAGCCUAGAAAGGUGAGUGCUAUUUAGAUAUAAAUAGUUCUAUCUAAUCUAAUGCGAGUAAAAAUAAACUUCAUUAAUUUCUUAACUUCUUCUUGACAGAGUCCAACUAGAGAAGAAUCAUAAUUAAAAACUUAUAAACUUAUUCAUAACAACUACAUCCCCUUUUUUCACAAAAAAACCAGAAGGUGUUUUUGCUUAUCCUGAGAUUUUUUUUACUGUUGUAUGUACAACAGUUGUAUGUGCUCAAGGCAUGUUGAAAAUCAGAAGAAUAAUAUAAGUUUUUUUGUCUCUUUAAAAAGAAUUGUCCCUAUUUAUUUUGAAAAAUGCUGAGCAAAGCUAAGUACAUUAGCUGUGACCGAUACUGAAUUCACGCCAAUACAAACACAUCCCGCUGUGAGUAAAUGACUUUCUCGACUUCUCAAGUUUCUGUCGAUGACCGAUGGCGUCUGAUACAUUUAUUUAUUUCAUUUACAACCAAAAGUGGCAGAACCAGUCUGUUGCAACUCAACCUUGAUGUCUGGGUUGUAAUACAGAUGCAAGUCAUUUGGGAAACUAUUUGCAGUGACAGUUGUAUUGAACACACAAACAAACAGCAAAGCAAAUUCGUACUUAAGUGCGACGCUAUAUGUCAUUUGUGUUCUUGGAUACAGCAAGUGAAGAGCUCAGAUGUUUUGAAAAUGUUUUAUAAAAUAUAGAAAAAAUAGUGCGAACAUAUUCGCAACAUUGACUACAAAAUACAUACAAAAAAAAUACUACGCUAAAAACGAAUUAUCAACAACAUUAUGGGUGUUUUAUAUUUACUUACAAGCACCGGUGACUUUGUAUCGUGUCCAGUGACGUCACCAGGAGAGUGACACGCCGCGGGCAAACGUUCCUAAUGUUUACAUUUUUUGCAUAUGCGUUAUGCUCCAGACAGCAACGGUGAGUUGCAGCAACCUGGUUCUGCAAACUUUGAUGUAAAUAUAGAUUAAUUGGUUUCCAUUUACCAAAAAUGUAAUGUGAUUAUUUCAAUCAGCUGGUCACUUGUGAUAUUGAAGUAGAGUUUAUUUUUGUAGCCAAUGCUACUAGCGUAGCAAUCUUCAUUGAGCUUAGUAGCGUAAAAUAUAUUGCACUAACACUUCAAAAAAUUCGCAGAAAACCAGCGACAAACACAUUUCUGUUCUGACAUGUUUAAAUAUUGCAAAAGGUUGUGGACUGUACGGAGAAAACUGGGAAUUGAGCGUUUGCUAGGUGCUAAUGUGACACAGCCGUUGACUGCUACGUGGCUGUUUGUUCCCGCCGACCUUCUCUUCCAGUGGUAACAAAGUGGUGGUGAUGUAUCUGCUAUUGUGUGCUUUCAUUUAGAGUAUUUUGUACCUUUUUUAUUGUCAUGUUACUGGUCAGACUAUCUUUCUUUUGGAUAUAUCCAUGUUUUUUAGCACUUUGUCGGAAUAUUACGUCACAAGAAUAAGCUAACUUUACAACCUUCCAUGAAAUGGAUCUUUUCUUCCUGCCCAUGUGUUGGCAUAGCAACCAGUGUUAACAACGGUUGAAGCUUUGGAGGAUUAGCAUUAGAGGAAGUUUGUAAUAGCAAUAAAAAGAAAGAAAUAUAUUGUCAAAAACACAAAUGAAAUAAUAAUAAAAAGCACUGAGAAGCUUUUGUUUUCUUCUGCAUAUGACAGUCAACAAUAGAAAUAGCAAACUAUUUUAUUCUCUUUACAGGUUUUUGGUGAGACCAACAACAAAUGUUCAAAUGGGUUUUCACACAGAUUUCAUGACUAUCGGUGGAGGGGAGAGGAUCACAAGCUCACACGCACAUGCACGAGGCUCGCACAAAUGUUACAAUCUCUCGCACCGCUGUGACAGAAACCAGCUACGUUUUUCAACAUGCGCUCAUCUUUGUACAGUUUUUUUGGUAAAUCCAAGCAGUUGACCAACAGCAUGUAAUAGACAUGGUUUUAUACCAUUUAUAUAGUGAGUGUAGCAAUUGUGCUUGACAGACCUGGGAUCGGUUUUUCAUAACAAUAUUGAAAAUAUUUCCAUGACACAUUAACACAAAUAUAUUCUGUACAUUGUUUGGUGGAAUAUUUUCUAAAGUACUGUUAAUAAUUUAAGCAUUUUCCAUUAUUCGAAUCGUUCCCACCAACUGAGACGAUUUCAAAAUGUUUGUUUGUUUUUUUGUUUCCCUAGUGCGCUUCGUCUUCUGUUUAAUAUGAAACACGUCCGCAUGAAACUAAGAGAAGUCAUUUCAUUUACAAUUUUCCAAUGAAUGAGUAAGAACAUCCAAUAGCGCUAGUCUCUGAAAACUGAUCCCAGGUCAGGUCUAAGUGUGACAGUUACGCUCUUCUGCCGCUAGAGGGAAGUGUUGCGCUACUGUGAAAACAGGCCUCAAGACUAGCAGCUCAAUUUUUGGAGAGAACAUCACUUGCAAAGUGAUCUGCACAUAAUGUCCACAAUUACGGCACAGUAACGAGCACCAAGACAUUUUCUGUCAGUUAUCACAUUGCUGCAGUUGGGAGGAAGGCGUGUGCUAAUGCAGAGAUUGUGCUCCGGGGGUUUUAAGUUCAGGGAAAGCAAUUGUACAUGUGCAUUGUGUUGAAUUAGGUGAGCAGACAAAGCAGAAAAUUGGAUCCUCAAAUCAUUAAGUAACACGUUGUGCUUUGGCAAAUUCAGCGAACCUGCCGAGGAAGCUUAUUUACAAGGGAGAGCGCUGACCAAAAACAAGUCAGGCGGCAAGGAGCCGCGGAAACCUGGGCCAGUCCAAUAUGACGGGCUGAAUUAUCAUGCUCUGAAUUUGGCUGCUUAUUUUUAUUUUUUAGUGCAGUCGAGGUGUUAUUAGUCUGAUUGUGUAAUAUUUAGAGAUUAAAAAUAUUAUUUAAUAUUUAUUAAAUCUAUAUAUGUGGAGAAGUCCAUAUUUAAAAAUGAAGUAAAUAUAUUAUGAGAUUAAAAAUGAAUUAGUUAAGCUUAAUAUAAUGUGCAAAAGAAGUGAAAACCAAAAAAAAAAAGACAAAAAGAAAAAAAGAAAAACUUAACUUGAGGACUUCACCGAUUGUUUAUCAAUGCUAGUGCUUGAUAUAUUCGUGAUAAUAAAUAGCAAUGGCCUCGGUGCUCAUGAGAUUUUGGAACAUGCCUGGACAACACCCCCGGAUCCUCUCUGACUCACCUCUGCAGUCAUAUAUGCAGAGCUGCGUCAGAUGAAUUCACACAUUCAAAAAGGGUCAAAUUAGCUUUCUUUAUUUACUGAUGCAGUCCAUAUAGUUAACAAAACAAAGAGUCUCGUAACAAAAAUCCGAGUGCAAAUGACCUCACCCCCAUCCACAGAACAAUAAAAGUGCAUUCAUGUCAGACCCCUCCCCAGUCCACCACCUCCGACUGCGUUUGGCCCCUCGUGUUACGUCGACACACAAAAAUAUAUAUUCAAUUGCACUUCUCUAAAUCUUUUUUUUUUUUUAUUAUCGUUAUUUCACAGAAUGGCAAUGUAAUAUGUGUGAAGGAGGACAUCACGGUCAAAAACAUUCCUUGUUACUUAGAGACACGAAGAGGUGCAGCGGAUGACGACGGCGAAGUCACAGUCCAGACUGCUGAUGAUUGGCUGAGGUAUGUGAGGAUUGGGUGCCACAAACUGGUCACAGCUGGUUUUGCCUCCAGACUCUGGUGACGGGGUUGAACCUGCCGCUGCGGCUGCUCCUCAUGCCCAGGUACUGCCUCAGCAGCUGGUUCACCCGUUUCUGACUGUUCCACUUGCGGGCUGACUUCCUGACGCCGAUGAAGCCGCCGUAGCGCUUUUGUAGGGGUCUGACGGAGGAGCCCAUCAGCUUCCUGUAUCCGUGGCGCCCCCUCUGAAAGCCACCGAAACGUUUCGAUAGGGUCACCGCCUCCGAACCCUCAUCCUCCUCGAUGGCAUCCCUCUCCUGCCUCGGCUCCCUGACUCCCACCUCCAGGCUGAGAUCUGAGCCCGGCAGACCCUCCCCUUCCUCAGAAGACUCCAGCAGCGAUGAGUCAUACUGGAUGCUGCGCUGCUCCGGCUCGUCCAGAUCCUUCUGCAGCUCUAUGGCCGCCGACUGCAGUUCCGAGUUUAGAUGGAGAGAGGUCGUCUCCAGAUUCUGCCCCUCUCUCUUGAGCAGAGCGAGGCCUUUGGGGAACUUGAUGACGCGUUCACAUAUGUCCCACGUGAGCGAGGACGAGACGUGGCCCUCACACUCCAGGAGACACACCUGUCGGCAGAAGAGGGACACUUCUUUUAAACACAGCCAAGCGGAGAAAGAGACGGAGAGAAGAAGAGGUGUUGGCCUCAGAGGAAAAUCACAAUGAAGUCAACCAGUGCUUUCUCAAUGUUGCAGGUCAGAUAAGCCUCGACAAAAGAGUCAAAAUCCUUUACAACAAGUUCACUUGAAAUCAAUGUCGGUGUUUUUCUUAAGGACAGGGGUCACAAACUGGUCAACAAAGGGGCCGCAGUGCACACAAGCGUUUGUUCCAACCAAACACACACAGGUGAACCAUUGAGGUGCAGCUCAAACAAACAAAACUGCUGCACUUUCAGGACCAGUUUGAGACCCCAGCUUUAGGAUGUUUUUGUCUGCUUCAUAUACUACACAUGUUCAGAGUAUAUAAAAUGCUGCUGCUUCAAAAACAAAUCAUCACUCAAUUCAUUAUUAAACAUUUUUUAAAACAUGGGAUUUAUUCAAUAUGCCAAGACAAGUCAAUAUUUUUUCAAUUCUCAAGUUAAAUUCAAAUAACUAUCUGUAUACUAUUUGAUCAAAAUGUAAUCUAUCCUUAACAACUUGUUUUUAUCUAUGUUUUCUGUCUCCUGUCAAACUGGCAUAUAUAGGGUCUAAAAACACAAGUACUUGUUUUUUUCCAUGUUUUGUUUAUGGAGUUUGGACCCUCAGUGGUUUGUGUUUUUGGGUAUUAAAUCUGGUGCGUUCCCUGAACAUUUUAAUUUCAUUGAUAAACCGUUAUUUUCUAUUUUAAUCUGCCUGAAACAAGGUCACUUCAAAUGCAAAGAAGCAACAGAAACAGAAAACACAAGUAUUUAGAUCCAAAAGCAUCAUGGAAGUCAGUAGCGACUUUAAUAGUUUCACUAAAACCCCAUGUCAGUUACGCGAGCAGGGACGAGGAGGAGGGGAAGGUGGACUCUCGAGCAGCAGGCGACAUCUAGAAAAUGCUCAAUAGCUGAUUAAAACUUCAUUAAAACUUUAAAUUGGUUUCGAUCGGUGUCUUCCGUAGACCUCAGUCAUCCACAGGAGACUAAGAACAGAGCUUUUCUGCGCGUCUUCUGUGACUAAAGUCAGGGAAGAAGGGACUUGACCACUUCUUUCCAGGGGUAUUCUGUACGUGCUGCUGACUAAAGCUUCCCGUGAUGACGCCAUAAAUAAAGCAGGUCUAGAUAAGACAUAACGGAUGUGUCAUCACGACAGAGCCAGGGGUCAUUUAAAACACAGGCCAAUGAUUUAUGGGAUGCGAUUGCACCGUGUUAUGACUGCAGCAAUAAAGUGCUGACCGAGCACUCUGCGUUGUCUGUGUGUCAGGGAGGUAAUGGGUCUUGUCCCGGCUCCGUUUAGGAAGUUACGGGCCAAAUAUAAGUUGUCCAUCACGUCCAGAAAGUGACAUCCGCCAGUGGCAUAAUGAUUGACGAGAGAAAAUUGGACGUUAUGAGCAAGGACGGCAGGUGAGUUGCGUCACGCUUUUGCCUUGGAUUGGCAGCUUCACUUCCGGAGAAUGAUAUUUCGGCUGUUAACGCUGGCUCGGACAGGAACUCUUGAUGGAGAGUGACAUUUGUUUGCUGCAGUUUUGACAUCGCUGUCAAUUUGACCUCACGCCUGAACACUUGCUUUGACGUUGCUGCGCCACGGAAGACAAAUGAUGAAGACGCAAGCGGCGUGUUUGAUAAAAAGUGCCACAGUGUGCUCAGUUUGCGCUACAAAACUUCCCUUUCGUCCAACCCCAAGUGAUAUUUGCUUAGAUGAAGCCAUAUGUUUUCAUUAGCUGAAGACACAGUUAGAGCGGACCAGCCACUACAAAACCCCAGGGCCUCAUUUGGUCCUCACUAUCUGUCCCUGUGCUGCUACAGAGAAUAAAAGCUUUAAGUUUAAAGUCAUUCAGUUAUGUAAAGAAUGAUAGAUGAGGAAUUCUCAGUCGUAUAUUUUACAUUUCAACAGGUGAUCUGUAGCAGAGUGAGGUCAGGUGGGAUGUUAGAGGGAGAAGCACGCACGAAAAUAGAAAUAGUAUGGUUGUGACUCUAGUUCUAAGAAGCCCUAUAACUGUCGGUCUUCUCUCCAUCGCUGAGUUUCAAAAGGGGCAAAUUCCGGGAGCAGCGGGCUUAUGUCGGCGACUGACCCUGCCGCCAGUUGGGCAGAGCGGAUCUUACGUUCUUGUCAGGUGCCGAAUCGAAGCCUCAAAUGGAUAAACUGCACAUACUCAUAGACAGUGAUGCCAGUAUCGCAUUACUUAGUCACGCAUUAUUUCUAUAUCACAACAUUUU